UUUAUGACUAUUGUUUAGUACCUUUUAUCUUCCAAAAAGUAAUGAUAAAUGACUCAUAUGAGAACAAAUUAAUUGAAAUCCGGAGAGAAUUCGAUCCUGGAGUCCGUCUUAAAUAUCUUGCGAACCAGACUGGAUUUAGUCCAGGAAAUAAUGAUAUCUCAUUGUCCCAGAGUUUGAUAGAAUAUAAAGGUCUUACAGAAGAUCUUGAGGCUAUAGUAACACCUUGACAUAGUACUUUCAAUAUCAAUGGUCUCACCUUCUUGGCAACUCAAACUGACUUUGAUAUGUCUAAUAAUGUUAAAGAUUUAAUUGGCAUUAGUCCUAAGAAAGAUGAAAAACAAAAUCCUCUCCAUAAUGAUGAACUUGAAGUAGAAAAGCUGAUAAACCAAGAGCCUGAAAAACUAGGCCCUUCUAUUUCUUUACCUCAAGAGCAAUCCUUGUGGAAGAACAGGUUGCGGAGUCGAUUGAUCAAGCCUAGAGAUGAUUCCUAUCAAGCUGAUCUUGAUGAUGUUGAAGAAGAGAAAACUAAACCCCUAGAUCCUAAAAUUCUCAAAGAGCUUGAUGAAAUUAAAAGCUGCAAUGGAGAUAUUUGUCAAGUUUGAAUCUCUAAAAUCUCUGAGAAAUACACUUGGAAUACAAAAUCUAUUACUUGUAAAACCUGAUUUGUGAAGAUCCAUGAAAAAUGUUAUAAAAAUAAAGUCUCAAAGGAUUGGAAUUGCGAAAGAUGAUCUAUGCUACUAAAGGUUGCUAAGAGGAAGAGAGCCAAGUCCCAAUCAAUUGACAAGAAAAUAGAGAUGAUGGUGUGAAAGUACUGUUUUAGAUCUCACGGUCUUUUGAAACAACUCAAGAACUCAACUUGGGUUCAUGCUGAAUGCGUUAAAUAUCUCCCAAAGAUCUACUUUGAUAAAAAGUUCACUAUGGUAAAAGGAAGAAUAUAGAAAAACAAAGACGGGGGCUUCGUUGAACUUAUUGAAAUAGUACAAAAGGAUUCUGACUGCAAUGAGAAGAAAUAUCAUGAACUACUAACUUCCAUGUCUCUUGUGCUAUAAAUAACAACUUGAUCUUAAAUGAGAAGAUAAUGAAAGAAGUAUUUAUGAAAAAGCCUAAAUCUAGCAAUGAUAGAUACUUUGUCCUUUGAAAUGAUCAUAAAGACGAAUACUGAAAAGCCCAAAAUAAUAUUGAGCUCAAAUUCAAAGUUAGUAAAGGAAAAACUAUAAUCUUGCAUUCUGAAAAUACUCUUACAAGAAUGAAGGGUAAGAAAUUCAUUCCUAUUGACAAGGCUGAUCCUAAAGCCCAAUCAGAUACUGAAAAUAUUGAGAAUUCAUCUGACAAAUCUUACAAGCUAGAAGAUAUCCCAAAAUCACAAAGACGACCAAAACGAUGAACAAAUCGAUCGAUGUCUAACUUGAAGACAAAGCGGCAUUCAAUUUUCAAAAAGAAGCGAAAAAGAUCACCUAAAGGGCAAACUAAAAGACGAAGAAUUGUCUAA